UUUGGUUUUAUUUAUUUUCUUUAUACUGAUUAUUUUUUGGACUUUGAUCAAGAUUUAUCGAUUUGGACUUUGGUCAUAUAGUUUUCUCUUUUAUUUAGUUGUCGUAGUGUAAGUAAAUGAUAAGAUAUACCUACCUCUCAAAAAAGUUAUAUUCGUAAAGUCAAAAAGUUUUUCAUUAAGAAUGACUUCAAUUUUCAAGACGAUUUUGUUCAAUCAACCGAAGAAAAUUGCUACAACUUUCCUCCGUGCAUAUUCAGCCCAAACGGAUGUCACUCAAUAUGAAACGUUAGCUGUAUCUGUACCGAAGAAACAUGUCUACCACGUUGAGCUGAACAGACCGGACAAAUUAAACACAUUCAAUAUUCCUAUGUGGAAGGAUUUCAAGCUGUGCUUUGAUGAUCUUCACAACAACCCAGACUGCAGGGUCGUCGUUCUAUCAGGGAGGGGGAAACAUUUCACAGGAGGUAUAGACCUAAACAGUCUGAUAAAGACAUUCUCGGAAGCCAAUGAACAGGAAGACGCCGGUAGGAAGGCGAGAGCGUUUCACAAGAUCAUCAAAGAAUGUCAGGAUGGCAUAACGGCUUUGGAGAACUGCGUCAAACCAGUUCUAAAUUUGGUCCACCAGGCGUGUAUAGGAGCUGGGGUGAACCUCAUAACGGCUGCAGACGUGAGAUACUGCACCGCUGACGCAUGGUUCCAAGUUAAGGAAGUCCAAAUCGGUCUCGCCGGAGACGUGGGAGUGCUACAGAGGCUGCCCAAGGUUAUCGGCAGCGCAUCUACAGCGAGGGAGUUGAGUUUCACAGCUCGCAAGGUGCAAUCAGAUGAAGCAUUGCGUAUAGGAUUGGUUACCAGAGUGUAUCCUGACAAGGAGACUGCCCUAAAAGAAGUAUUGGAAAUAGCUGACGGUAUAGCCAAGCUGAGCCCUAUAGCCGUGCAAGCGACAAAACAAAACUUGGUGUUCUCACAAGACAAGACUGUACAAGAAGGAUUGGACCAUAUUUGCUUAUUAAACUCUAUAAUGCAUCAAAGCGAAGACAUCAUGAAAGGCGCCAUUGCCCAGGCGACAAAGAGCGGACCUCCGGAUUACGAGAAUUUGUAGAAUCAUUAAAAACAAAAAAAAGUGUUUUAUUGACUCAUUUCAACAACAUUAUUAUGUACAUACAUCGUUCAUACAGGGUGACUUUUAAUUCAACUGCAUAAAUUUAACUGUUAAAUGUACUCAUCUUAAGGAUAUUUAAAAACGUUAAAAGAAAAAUAUCGGUUCAUAUUUAAGAAAGUACGAAAAAAAAUAAAAGUAUCAAAAUCCACGAUCCUAAAUACGUCAUAUCACCCCGGCCGGCGGAAAAGCGACGCGUAAGAUUCAGAGGUCAACGACACUCAGCUGAGCGAUCUCGACAAUUCUGUACUUGAUCUCGUUACUAGAAAAAUAAUUUAUUUUUCAGACAUUUAUUUACAUGUUUAGUUUUAAUUUCUUUUUGUAGUUUUGGUCUUUAAUAAAGCGUGUGACGUAGUUUUUGAGGGUUUUUUAAAUGUGAAAAUGAUGACGUUUAAUUUAAAUAAAAAUAGGCUCAAACGGCUCAGAAGCAUGGGUAUAGUCUAUGUUUAAAAGGAUGCAGUUGUUUUAAAUGUCACCCUGUAUAAAAGAUGUUAAUUCAUUUUCUAAGCGGGUCCAACUCUCAGACAUCUACCAUCAAACUAAGAAUAAACCUGUAUCUUGAUUGGUAGAAGGCGUCACGGAAGAUCCGGUAGGAUGUAAUGAAGUUUAUUUAUUUAUUAGAGCUGGAGUAUAAUGUACAUUUCACAUCAUCAUUUCAUAUGUACAGAAUCGACUUUAAUCACAUAUAUAUAAUGUUAUCACGUCUUUAUCCCAUGCGGGGUAGACUGAGCUAACAGUGUCGGAAAACAAUGCCACGUUCAGCUGUAUGGCUUAAUGAUGGAUUUGAGAUUUGAAAGAGGUUAAUGGCGUGUCUCCGAUGAGAUAUCAUUUUUUUUUUUUUUUUUUGACAAAUAUAUUUAAAAUGUCUACUGUAUGUGACAAAUAUGAAAAAUAUCAGUGUAGCGUGUUAUGCGUGUCGCAGUUUUAGUCUCACGAAAAACUAUCGCUGUUACGCUUUUUAUUAUAAAGUGAAACGGGACAGCGAUAGUUUUUCGCGCGAUAAUAAUCGUACCGUGCGUGCCACGCUAUUGGCACGGUUUUAUAUUCUAUAGUUUUAAAGGCCAGGGGCACACAAGUUUCCCAUAUGGGUAGGCAGAGACGCAGUCUCAACAUUAAGUCAAAUAAUACUAAAAUAAUCUGUAUACUUAAUUGUAUUUAAAUAUUUUUAUGUACAUUUAAGCAAAGUACAUAUUUAUAAGAGCAAACCAUUGUAAUUUUCUAGAAUUUUUAAAGUGUUAAUUUUGUUAAAUAAAUGAAGUGUCUAUUUUGAAA